AACUGACUGCUUAUGAUUCUUCAUUGUGAUGAAAGCACACGGUACAGGACGGAUGACAAGGCAUUGAUAAGAAAGGGAUAAUUCUCAUGAUGAUGUUCAUAAAUUCAGCUAAAGAUUGCCCUCCGAUGCUGUUUUCCAAAGAAAUUAGUCCAUUUUCUUGGUGAAGAGAAACCAGCCUGCUGUUUUCAUAGGAUGCCUAAUUGAAAACCAGCUGGCUGUCUUUGAGCUACUGUUGGAAGACAGACUUGGUCCCAAAGAAGUUUGCACACAGUAUGCUGGGAUUUUAAGAAAUCAAAUAAUCCAGAUUCCCGAGCCGCUGCUGGUGGAUCGCACCCACGGGGAGAUGAUUCCUCAUGAAGGGCCUGGAUCCCCUACAGAAAUCAAAUGUGACUUUCCAUUUAUCAGACUAAAAUCAGAGCCAGCCAGACAGUGAAACAGUCACCGUGGAGGGGGGACGGCGAAAAAUGAAAUCCAACCAAGAGCGGAGCAACGAAUGCCUGCCUCCCAAGAAGCGCGAGAUCCCUGCCACCAGCCGGCCUUCCGAGGAGAAGGCGGCGCUGGCCAGCGACAACCACCACGCGGAGGGCGUGGCGUGGCUCGCGGGCAGUGCGGGGGGCCGAGGCCCCGGGGGCGGGAGGCACGGCCCAGGGCCUGCGGUGGAGCUCGGCUUACAGCAGGGAAUAGGUUUACACAAAGCGCUGCCCGCGGGCCUGGACUACUCCCCACCCAGCGCGCCCAGGUCUGUGCCGGCUGCCACCACGCUGCCCGCCGCCUACCCGCCCCCACAGUCAGGGACCCCCGUGUCGCCCGUGCAGUACGCCCACCUGCCGCACACCUUCCAGUUCAUCGGGUCCUCCCAGUACAGCGGGCCCUACGCCGGGUUCAUCCCUUCACAGCUGAUCUCCCCGACGGCCAGCCCCGUGACCAGCGCGGUGGCCUCUGCCGCGGGCGCCACCACUCCAUCCCAGCGCUCCCAGCUGGAGGCCUACUCCACUCUGCUGGCCAGCAUGGGCAGCCUGAGCCAAGCCUCAGGACACAAGGCUGAGCAGCAACAGCUCUCGGGCAGGACUCCCGGGCUCGUCACCCCGGGGUCCCCACCACCCAUGCAACAAAACCAGUACGUGCACAUUUCCAGCUCGCCGCAGAACGCAGGGCGCACGGCCUCACCUCCAGCCAUCCCCGUCCACCUCCACCCGCACCAGACGAUGAUCCCACACACGCUCACCCUGGGGCCCUCCCCCCAGGUCGUAGUGCAAUACACCAACUCCGGCAGCCACUUCGUUGCUCGGGACACCACCAAGAAAGCUGAGAGCAGCAGGCUGCAGCAGGCCAUGCAGGCCAAGGAGAUCCUGAACGGUGAGCUGGACAAGGGCAGGCGGUACGGGCCCGCGGCCUCAGCCGACCUGGGCCUGGUGAAGGCGGGCGGCAAGCCAGUCCCUCACCCCUACGAGCCCAGGCACGUGGUGGUGCACCCGAACCCCGCUGACUACAGCAGUCGGGACGCGUCGGGGGUUCGGGCCUCCGUGAUGGUCCUGCCGAACAGCAGUACACCUGCAGCCGACCUGGAGGUGCAACAGGUCACGCACCGGGAGGCCUCCCCCUCCACCCUCAACGACAAAAGUGGCCUGCAUUUAGGGAAGCCGGGUCACCGGUCCUAUGCGCUCUCCCCCCAACAGGCUCUGGGCCCCGAGGGCGUGAAGGCCGCCGCCGUCGCCACGCUGUCCCCCCACACAGUCAUCCAGACCACACACAGCGCUUCAGAGCCACUCCCAGUGGGGCUGCCAGCCACUGCCUUCUAUGCGGGGGCGCAGCCGCCCGUCAUCGGCUACCUGAGCGGCCAGCAGCAAGCCAUCACGUAUGCCGGCAGCCUGCCGCAGCACCUCGUGAUCCCCGGCACCCAGCCCCUGCUCAUCCCCGUGGGCAGCGCCGACAUGGACGCGCCGGGGGCGGCCUCCGCGAUUGCCACAUCGUCGCCCCAGUUUGCUGCAGUCCCGCACACGUUCGUCACCACCGCCCUUCCCAAGAGCGAGAACUUCAGCCCAGAAGCCCUGGGCACCCAGGCCGCCUACCCAGCCAUGGUGCAGGCCCAGAUCCACCUGCCCGUGGUGCAGUCUGUGGCGACCCCCGCAGCCACGCCCCCCACGCUGCCUCCCUACUUCAUGAAAGGCUCCAUCAUCCAGCUGGCCAACGGGGAGCUGAAGAAGGUGGAGGACUUGAAAACGGAAGACUUCAUCCAGAGUGCAGAGAUCAGCCACGACCUGAAGAUCGACUCCAGCACAGUGGAGAGGAUCGAGGACAGCCACAGCCCGGGUGUGGCGGUGAUACAGUUCGCCGUGGGGGAGCACCGAGCACAGGUCAGCGUGGAAGUUUUGGUAGAAUACCCUUUUUUUGUGUUUGGACAGGGCUGGUCAUCCUGCUGUCCAGAGAGGACCAGCCAGCUCUUCGAUUUGCCGUGUUCCAAACUCUCCGUCGGGGAUGUCUGCAUCUCGCUUACCCUCAAGAACCUGAAGAAUGGCUCUGUUAAAAAGGGCCAGCCCGUGGACCCUGCCAGCGUCCUGCUGAAGCACUCAAAGGCCGACAGCCUGGCGGGCAGCAGACACAGGUAUGCUGAGCAGGAAAACGGAAUCAAUCAGGGAAGUGCCCAGAUGCUCUCUGAGAAUGGCGAACUGAAGUUUCCAGAAAAGAUAGGAUUGCCUGCAGCACCCUUGCUCACCAAAAUAGAACCCACCAAGCCCACAGCAGCAAGGAAGAGGAGGUGGUCUGCGCCGGAGACCCGCAGGCUGGAGAAGUCGGAAGACGAACCACCUUUGACUCUUCCUAAGCCUUCUCUAAUUCCUCAGGAGGUUAAGAUUUGCAUUGAAGGCAGGUCUAACGUAGGCAAGUAGAGGGCAGUACGGGGACAGGAAAUUUGGCUCUCCCUUAUCAUUUGUAUCCAGAUUACUGUACUGUAGGCUAAAUAACACAGUAUUUACAUGUUAUCCUCUUUCUUUAGGUUUCUGUUAUAACCUUGUCAUUAGAGUUACAGCUGGUGUUGCGUAGGAGACUGGUGCAUAUGCUUUCCCAUGAGUGUUUGUCAUGAGCAGGCAGGUGGGGGGCCAGGCUGGGCCCUGGGCAUCCUGGGGAAUAGAAUGUGGCUUCCCAGCGCCUGCCUUUGCUAGCAGCAUGGAGCGUCCCUGGGCACCGACGUCUGCUGCCUGAAGGACUCCUGCGGGAGGGGCUGGUGCGAGUGGGGGCACACAGGCGCCCUGCGAGUGAGGGUCUCUUUCUCUCUGCCUCCCUCUGUCUCACUCUCUCUUGCUCUCAGCAUGGGAUCGGAGAUCCAGAGUAAGGACUUCGUGAGGUUCUCACGUGCAGAAUAGACAUCAGGACCCCAGCUUCAGGGCAUCCUGGAGAGGCAUCAGACAGCAGAUGCAGAACCAACCCUUUUUCCCUCCAACCUAUUUUACAAUGCAGAACGUUUUUUCCCUCCAACCUAUUUUACAAUAAAAGCAACUUUUAACCAUAUAGAUAUAUAUUUCCCCCUAUGGGGCCUGACUGCACUGAUAUUUUUUUAAAGAGCAACUGCCACCCAUGGGAUUUCCUUUCUGCUUCAUUAGUGCAGUGAUGUGUGCAGGGUGGCACAGUGGCAGGGCAGCUUCUGCUUGUGUCGUUCCACGUGGGGGUGGGCAGCAGGGGCAGGGAGAGCGGACACCCGCCCUGGUUUCUGUGCAGUGUUAGGAAAACCAAUCAGGUCGUAGCAUUGACCUCCUCCCGAGAGGCAGGCACCAGCCGCCCUACAGAGAGCAGGGCAGGAGCUCUUCGCAUUGGGUUUGCAAAUCUUUUUGUCUUUUAACUCUAGUACUGUUUAUAGUUCAUGACUAUGGACAACUCGGGUGCCACUUUUUCCAGAUUCCAGUGUGACGUGAGGAAUAAGAUUUUGAAGAUGAGCAUAUAUAUUACUAUCUCUAAGCACUUAAAUGCUGUUCACACUUUAUUACCAAGCAUCUUGGUCUAUCAUUCAACAAGUACUGUAUCUCUCUUUAAACUCUUUGGGAAGAAAAACAAAAAACUAAGUUGCUUUUUUUUUUUCCAACACUGUAACUACAUUUCAGCUCUGCAGAGUUUUUCACGAGCAAGAUAAUUGAAAGUCUCAAUGUGGUUUAAUGAGAUGAAUGUGAAUUAUGAACUAGUACGUGAUAAUGAAAGACCACCAAGUACAGCCUGACAGGAGGCACUUUUCACUUUGAUGUUUGAGAAAGAAUCAAAGGCAUAUGCAGAGCUGGGAGAGAAACUGAGAGAAAAGGGAUGGAAAAAAGAAUACUCAAUUUUGUCCAGUGUUUUUCUUUUUAAGAUGAACUUUUAAAGAACCUUGCAAUUUGCACAUCUUGAGUUUAUAAUUUGUGUGAUAUUCCUGCAGUUUUUAUCCAAUAACAUUGUGGGAAAGGUUUGGGGACUGAACAAGCAUAAAUAAAUGUAGCAAAAUUACUUUCUAACCUGCCUAAACUCAAGGCCAUUUUUUAAGGUUACGUUCCUUUCGGAUUUCAUUUUGGUCUUUCUACCACAUCUGUCACAAAAACCAGGUGUUAGCAGGACAACUCUGAGAUUUUUCUUCAGAUUCAUUGAGAGAGUUUCCCAUAAAGACAUUUAUAUAUGUAAGCAAGUUUAAAAAAAAAACAAUUACUUUACUGUUGUGGUUAAUGUUAUUUUCAGAAUGCCGUUUUUCUUACCAUCUGAAAUCAAAUCAAGAUGUAAUGUUUGGUACAAACCCAGAAAGUGUAUUUCAUGGUUUAAACCUUUUAUCCCCAGAGAUCUGAAAUACUGUUUGUGGGUUUUGAGAGUGUGUCUUAAAGUGCUUUAAAAAUAAAAAGUUUUAUAAGUAGGGAGAAUUUUUAAAAUAUUCUUACUUGGAAUGGCUGCAACUAAUCUGAACAAAACAUCUUGUUUUUCUUUUACCAUUGAAAAUAGUAUUUCUUCCAUUUCACAAAUUUAAAAAAAUUCUAAUGUCAACCCACAUUUUGGCCUCCUAGUAUUCCUCACAUUUCGCUCUCAUCAGGACUAAUGAUGUUGAUAAACCAUUUUCUGGGGUGUACCAAAAACAUUUGAACAGGUUUAGAAUAGCUAGAACUGGUCCUCGACUUUCCUCCAAUUUCAUUACCCUCUUGGCCUGUUAGCAGUUAGCUGCGUGAGCCCAUUUUUCCAAUCACACUGCUUAUUUUCUGCUGUGUUUUUUUAAAUGUUUCUGCUCGGAGAACUUGCUUAAUCUUCCAUAUAUUCUGCUCAGGGCACUUGCAAUGAUUAGGUUUUGUUUUUUAUUUUUGUUCUGUAACCUUUGAUGGUAAGAGGAAUACGGGGCUGUCAUGUGGACUGUCCUCAUUUGUACCACUAUUUAACAGCAACUCAUGUGGACUCAGAAAAAUACACCAUCUUUUGGCUUCCUUCAAGUAUUGAACCCACUGGAUCUACCACACCAACACUAAAAUGGGAAGGCACGUGGUUUGGAGCAAUAGGAACAUCAUCAGAAUUUUUGUGCUUCUGUUUCAGGUAUAGGAAUUGUAAGAUAACUGGUUCUUUCUAAACAUUGUCCCAUUUCCUUCUCUUGCUUUUUUAGCAUGUGCACUACUGUCUGGGCCAACAAGUCUGACCAGUGUGCUCUAAAGAGCAUAUCCUUUAGGCCUUUGCCUUGUUUGGCCCGUCUUCCCUGUACUAGCCAGAAAAUGGCUGGAGGGGAGGCACCAGCAAGGGGAGAGCUUCCCACCGUGACCUCCGGGCCCUGCUGUGGACGCUGAGUGCUGAGGUAGCUUUCAGGGGUGCAGGUGUCUGUCACCAGGUUGCAGAAGGAACAAGGAGUCUGGGAAAGAGCUGUAGUUCCUUUCACCAUGAGAAUGUGGAGUCUGGAGAGGAAUGAGGCAGGUUGGAGGCUGGGGCGCACCCUGGAGCUAUAUAGCCAGGAUCAACCCAUUGCCACAAUCUUUGCCAAGAGUGGGCAGGCCCCUCCUCAGGUCUGUGUGCUUGAGACUUUGAGCUGUGCCUCUGAGGAUGAGCCUGAAGUGUGGCCUGGUGUGUGCAUGCAUUCCAAGCAUGCCAGCCAGUGGCCGUGGAAGGGGCCACCAGGAACAGUGGUCACCGCUCUUUAGGGGCAGCCUUCUCCAAAGGUCAGGGAACCUCCUCUCAUUUCAGACACUGGCGAGCCCUGAGGUUCCCAGAGAGCCUUCAUCACCAUUCCUGCACAGCAUGCAUGACAGUGACAGGCAUAGAAAUUCUUUGGUGCCGCACAGCUUACGAGGAUCAGCCAUGUGCCUCUGUACUACGUCAACUCUGCAAUAUUUACUGACAGCCAUCUUUAGUUCUUUCUUGUCUGUUUUCCAUUUUCAAACUAGUAACCACAGGCCUUUUUCGUUUAUAGUGGAACACAAUCACCAAGAAAUUAGUCAGGGCGAAGAGAAAAAAAAUAAUAAAACCAACAAACAAGAACCUCUAUUUAUAGGGAUUUCUAAAUAUACAAAAUAACUGUUCCUUAGAAUGUUUAACUUAAGAAUUAUGUCAGUUUGGGCCACAUUGCUGGGGGGUACAGCGUGGGAUACACAGACGGAUGCCACUUACCUCAGAUCUUCUAAGUGGAAAUCCAAGUUGCAUUUUCAGUGGGACUUUCAGGAUAAUUUUCUAUGUCAGUCAACUUUUUGUUUUCUCCAGCUCACCCAGUUUGGUUUCAGAUGAUUUGAUCUUUUUUUCGUUGCUGUUGUUGAUCCCAUUUCUGACUCUGAAUCAUGACCCUCUAUGUUUUCUGUUGGGUGAGUGAAUUGGGGGUCUUCUCCCCCACCGGGAAACGACAGCAUUCCCUUCUCCCCUACAAGGAACUCUGCAGAACCUUUCACACCUCUUACUCAGGGACGGGGCUGGCGUGUGUGUGGCACACUGAUGUGUCCAGAAGCAGUGCACUUUGACUGCUCUGGAGUAGGGUUGUACAACUUCAAGGAAUGUUUGGAUUUCCUGCAUCUUGUGGAUUACUCCUUAGAUACUGCAUAGAUCGCAAUAUGAUGCUGCACGUUCGAGAUGAACGGUAGCUCCUAGUCAUCGUAAAAUCCACUCUUUGCACACAGUUUGAUCUUUACUGAAAUAUGUUGCCAAAAUUUAUUUUUGUUGUAGCUUUGGAACUUUGUUCGUUUUUUUAAGGAGACAAUUGACAAUACCCUUUAACAUCUGUGACUACUAAAGAAACCUAUUUCUUUCAUAGAAAAAAAAUCUCAAAAUGCUUUUGAAGACACUAAUGCCAUGCUAUUUCAGAUAUGGGUGAAGAAGCAGAGCUCUGGGGACCAAAGGCCAGGCUUUUUGAGCUGUGCUGGUUGUCAUGGCUACCGUCUCAUGAACCGAAAGCAGCUCGGCAGACUGGUCUGUUCUCCCCAAAAUAACCCUUUGCACUUCCUAUUUCCCAGUCACCCAUGACGAUGCCAGGUGAAAACGGGCCGGCAGUCUCUGUGGCCCACUCCAGCUUCUUCAGCGGUGAUGUGAAAGGAAAGGGAAUUAUGCUUUUUAUUUUUUAAAGUGGCACGGAGGUCUUUGCUUCUGCCUUUGUGUUUUUAACCCAGAAUUUCUGAAAUAGAGAAUUUAAGAACACAUCAAGUAAUAAAUAUGCAGAGAAUAUACUUUUUUAUAAAGCACAUACAUAUGCUAUUGUGUUGGUUGGUUCCCUCUUUUUUCCACGGACAGUGUUGUGUUUCUGUUGAUAGGGAAACUCCAAACAAUUUGCACACCUCUACUCCGGAGCUGAGAUUUCUUUUACAUAGAUGACCUCGCUUCAAAUAUGUUACCUUACUGAUAGGAUCUUUUCUUGUAGCACUAUACCUUGUGGGAAUUUUCCUUUUUUAAAAAAAAUGUACACCUAAUUUGAGACGCUGAAGAAAAAAAUCAUUUGAAGCACUCACUUUGAGGAGUACAGGUAAUGUUUUAAAAAAUUGCACAAAAGAAAAAUGAAUGUCGAAAUGAUUUAUUCAGUGUUUGAAAGAUACAGAUCUGUUGAAACCAUGAGUUUCAUACCUUGUUUGUAAAAAAAAAAACAAAAAAAAAGCAUAAAGGUUGAAAGUUACAUGUUUUUUUGUAUAUAGAAAUUUUGUCGUGUCUAAAUAAUCAGAUUUGUACGGUUAUGGCCUGGAAGAAUUACUACGUAAAAGGCUCUUAAACUAUACCUAUGCUUCCUUUAUGUUUUUGUUACAUAGAGCCCCCCUCUGAGGGAGGGCAACUCUGUAUUCUGAAAUUUGAGAAUACUCUUCAUUCCUAUGCCGAAAAUACUUCUCUGAGCUCCCUUUUUAGUUUAAACUCUUAAGCCAUUGCAACUUCUUUUUUUUCAGAGAUGUUUGACAUUUUCAGCACUUGCUGUUCCCAUAAACCCAAAGAAUAUAAUCCUAAACAAGAAGUGUUUGUAUCAUAGGACCCUAGCUAUCAAUAAAACAGGACUCAUUACGGGGACAAAAAAAAAAACUUAGCCUUCUUCCCCCCCACCCCCACCUCAUUUAAUUGGGGGUGGAGGGGUAAAACAUGAAUUUCCAUGUAAAUUCCUCAUUUUACUUUAGUUUCAACUUUUUCUUUAAUAUUAAGAGGCCAAAAACAGAAGAGUCACACCCUGUCCAAAAACCAAGCCAGCUAGCAAAAACUGGACAGCUGUGGGGAAACUGCGCACCUACAAUUCUUAAAUUCAGAAUCUCAGCCCCUCCCUUACCAUUAAAUGCAAUGUUUCUGGGAGCUGACAUUCACCUGUACAAUGGUGGGAGGGAACAGCGGCUUCGGUUUUUCAUGUCCUUGUGACUCGCAUACAAAUGGUUCAGCUGUAUUAAAAUGAAGUGCAUUUGGCCAAUAGGUAGUAUCCAUUCAGUAACAGUCUCUAAGAAUUUCCACAACUUUUCUUAUCUGAAAGGACUCAAGUCUUCCACUGCAAAUAAUUGGAGACUUUACCCAUUUUCUUUCCCUUUAGUUUGUUCAUUUGCUGUCUGGAUGGCUAGUGAGCCUGUCUCCUUUUCCAUGGCCAGUCUGAAGGCCACCCUUGGAAGCGCUGUUUACAGAAACCCUAGCCAGGAUAAGGGACCGUCCUCCUUAUUAUCAAGUCUGAUGGGAAGCUUAGAGCUGUGGUCUUUGAAGGCAGUUACCAAGAAGCUAGGUACACAGAUGUCCUCUGGUUCUUACACGAACCACCUCCUCGUACCAUCCGGUCCAGGAGUUGGGCAAAUUCUUCAUAGUCAGUGAACAUUAAACUUGAUACCCAUGCAUUCAGUUCUGUGACUACUGCCCUUUCGGCCUUUGGGGAGGUUUCUUCCUCCUCAGCCUUCACUGCUCACCUAUAAAUACAAAUUACUGUCAACUGCAAGGAGGUUUCAGGAGAGCCCUGCCAGUAUUUGUGGUGAUCUUCACUUAAGACAGAGUCCUGAUUUUCAGCCAGUGGGGUCCCGGCCCCAGAGCCAUCGCUGAGAUGUGCAUCUUUGUAUGUUUUUACUAUCAGACCGUUACCCAGCAGACUUCUGAUCAUAUGCCUCCCACUGGCCAAGGGGAAAGAGACACCAGAACUUUGAGGGCGCUGUCAGACUGACAUGGCCAGUACAGAGAACUAGGGAAGGAAUGUUUCGCACCUUAUUGAAAAGAAAAUUUUAAGUGCAUACAUAGUUAAGAGCUUUUAUUGUGACAGGAGAACUUUUUUCCAUAUGCGUGCAUACUCUCUGUAAUUCCAGUGUAAAAUACUGUACUUGCACUAGCUUUUCUAAAACAAAUAUUAAAAAAAAAAUGGAAGAAUUCAUAUUCUAUUUUCUAAUCGUGGUGUGUCUAUUUGUAGGAUACACUCGAGUCUGUUUAUUGAAUUUUAUGGUCCCUUUCUUUGAUGGUGCUUGCAGGUUUUCUAGGUAGAAAUUAUUUCAUUAUUAUAAUAAAACAAUGUUUGAUUCAAAAUUUGAACAAAAUUGUUUUAAAUAAAUUGUCUGUAUACCAGUACAAGUUUAUUG